AUGGGCCCCGAGGACUCCCACCGCCGCGGACCCCCCGGAGACCCAGGCAGUGACGGGCUGUGGCCCCCCGCCCCCCGUCCCGCGCGCGGCUCCCCCGGGGGCAGCAAGAGCAUGAACCGCCAGGAGGAGGCCCACGCCGCCCGCCCGCGGCUGGAAGACCUCAGGCGGCGGCAGACGCGCGCCUGGCAGCGGACGGUGCCGCGCGGGAGCUCCGGGCGCCCUAGGGCGGAGGCGGGGCCGGAGGCCGAGGCGCCGCGAGACCCGCCGGGCACCGCGCACGUCGGGACCGCCCUGGCCGGGCUGCGCGCCGAGCUGCUGGAAAUGCGUUUCCAAAACCACCAGCUGGCCAAAACUUUACUGGAUUUAAACAAGAAAAUGCAACGAUUGAAAAAGGAAUAUGAACUGGAAAUUGCAUCCGAAUCUCAAAGCUCUGAACGUAACAUUGGGAAUCUGGAAUAAGGAAGUGCACACUUGAAGAUCUGAACCCUAAAAACAACACAGACAACUCCAAAAACAAUUCUGAUAGAAACAUUAUGGAUGCUCUAAGAUUUUAGGGGCAGUUUGUAGGCCAAAAACUUAGAUGCUGUUGGGAAGUGACAGAAAGCAUUUAAGAGAAGGGAGAGAGAAAAUGGUGUAUUAUCAAGUUUUAAAGUUAUAUAGUCAUAGUUUUGGCUGGGAAAUUCAAGUGAAAAAAAUGCAAUGAAGAAGGCCUAAGACUGGUUUUUAGCUUUCUAUCUUGUGCUACUUCCAAUUUGCUGGCAUUACCUGAACUUUUAGAAUCUGUGCAUGUUUUUAAUUGAUUAUUCUUGGUUUGUCUGUCCAGUUAGCUUUCAGUGUCUCCCCCUCCC